GCUUGGUGUGAAACAAGAAAUCCUAUAUCAAAAAAUUGAUUAAAAUGCAGAGAGUGCCCCCAGCUGCUCCCUAUAUAGUUGUAACACCAUCUAGAGAGGCAUUUGCAAAUCCGAGUUAACUGCAACCAUUACCGACUUGUCAUAACAUUCCUGCAAACGAGGUGCUGCUUGGCUAUUCAAGUGAACAGAUAUUGUGUGAUGGGGGAUAACAAUUACAAAACCUUUGAGUGUAAGCUUAUUGUGAAGAAAGAAGAACCAACUCUUGUACCUCCUGCAGCAGAAACGGAGAAGGGCCUCUACUUCCUCUCAAAUCUAGAUCAGAACAUUGCAGUCAUAGUUCGUACUCUUUACUAUUAUAAAUCAGAUUCAAAAGGGAAUGAGGACGUUGUGGAAGUCAUGAAGAAAGCCUUCUCAAAGGUACUUGUUCAUUACUAUCCACUGGCAGGAAGGUUAAGUAUAAGCACAGAGGGGAAGCUGAUAGUGGAUUGCACAGGAGAUGGAGCUGUGUUUUUGGAAGCGGAAGCUAACUGUGAAAUGGAGGAGGUAGGAGACAUUACAAAGCCGGAUCCUGUGACUCUUGGGAAGCUGAUUUAUGAUGUUCCUGGUGCCAAGAACAUACUUGAGAUUCCUCUUUUGGUUGCUCAGGUGACAAGGUUCAAAUGUGGAGGUUUUGUCCUUGGGUUAUGUAUGAACCAUUGUAUGGCUGAUGGGAUUUCUGCAGUGGAAUUUUUGAACUCAUGGGGUGAGACUGCUAGAGGCUUGCCUCUUAAGGUUCCCCCAUUUCUAGACAGAAGCAUACUCAAAGCCCGAAACCCACCAAAGAUGGAGUUCCCUCACCAUGAAUUUGCUCAGAUAGAAGAUAUAUCUGAUAUCAACAAACUUUAUGAAGAAGAAGAAAUGGUUUAUAGUUCCUUCUGUUUUGAACCAGAGAAGCUUGAAAAGCUCAAGAAAAUGGCCAUGGAAGAUGGGGUUCUUGAAAAAUGUACAUCAUUUGUAGCACUCUCUGCCUUCGUCUGGAGAGCAAGGACUCGGGCCUUGAGGAUGGUACCAGAUCAGAAAACAAAGCUACUUUUUGCUGUUGAUGUACGGUCAAGAUUUGAGCCACCGAUACCAAAAGGAUACUUUGGAAAUGGAAUUGUGCUGACAAAUGCAUUAUGCAGUACAGGGGAGCUAUUAGAGAACCCAUUGUCAUUUGCUGUUGGGCUAGUUGAUAAGGCAAUUCACAUGGUUAAUGAUAGUUAUAUGAGAUCAGUCAUCGACUACUUUGAAAUCACAAGAGCUAGGCCUUCUUUGACAGCAACUCUUUUGAUAACAACAUGGUCUAGGCUUUCUUUCCACACUGCUGAUUUCGGUUGGGGAGAUGCUGUGUUUUCGGGGCCAGUGGGUUUGCCUGAGAAGGAAGUAAGCUUGUUCCUUCCUCAUGGGAAAGACAGGAAAAGCAUUAAUGUGUUUUUGGGAAUGCCAGCUUCUGCUAUGAAGGUGUUUGAAGAGUUGAUGCAGACCUAAAAUUUCAAGUGGUUAAGAAGUAGAACAAAUACUUAACCCCAAUGCAUUUCAAACAAUGAUGAACAAAUCAUGGGAAUAAAAGGGUACUAGAGAUUGCAAAUUUAUAUCUUUUCUGUUAUGUUUCAUUUGGAUGUGUAUGGCUUUUAUGCUGAUGAGCAGUACUAAUAGUUCAUCAGCAAUUCAUGAAGAUACUUCAUCGACUUAUGAAUAGGGGAUGUGCUGUAGUAUGCUACUGAUGUAAUUUGUACUGAAAUUCAAUAACAAUAAAAACGAGUGCUUGUUACAGUCUUACA